CAACGGUUACCCGCAUUGUGAAGUUCUGCUGCCGCGGUUAUCGCAUGAUUAAGGGCAGCUGCGAACCCAUUUGCCGUAAAGGCUGUGCCAAUGGCAAAUGCAUUAAACCCAACGAAUGUGAGUGUUUGCCGGGCUAUCGAUUUUUCAGCGAAGUGGAGAAAUCCAGGUGUGUUCCCGAUUGUGGCAAAUGUGAGCGUGGUUUUUGUAGUGCCCCCGGCAAGUGUAGCUGUUAUGAAAAUUUCGAACUCAAAGGUGACUCCUGCCAGCCGGCCUGUCCCAACUGUGAAAAUGGUUCAUGUAAAAUGCCCGGUAAAUGCGUUUGCAAUGCGGGCUACGAAAUGUCCUCGGAGGGAAAAUGUGAACCGGUUUGUACGCAACCCUGUGUAAAUGGUUUAUGUACAGCUCCUGGUAUUUGUUCCUGCAAAAAUGGUUAUGAAAUGGAUGCGAAUCAAAAAUGCCAGCCCGUUUGCCGUGAGGGCUGUAAAAAUGCUCGGUGCGUGGCCCCAAAUUUAUGUGAAUGUAUGCGGGGAUUUGCCAAAGUUUCGCCGUCAUCAUGUGAACCCAUUUGCCAUACACCAUGCGUAAAUGGCAAAUGUGUGGCACCUGAGAAGUGUCAGUGUAAUGAGGGGUAUGAAAAAUCUGCGGAGGAUGAAGAAUGUCAGCCCAUCUGUAGCGCAGGUUGUCCAAAUGGCCGUUGUGUGGCACCCAAUGUUUGUGAAUGCAAUAAGGGUUAUGUCAAGGCCUCUAAUGGUGGUGGAACAUGUGAACCCCUUUGUGAGCGGGGUUGUGCAAAUGGUAAAUGUGUGGCCCCAGGGGUUUGUAAAUGCAACGAGGACUAUCACUUAAAUGCGGAGGGGAAAUGUGAUCCUGUAUGCUCGCCGAUUUGUAAAAAUUCCAAAUGUGUGGCGCCCAAUCAAUGUGAAUGUCUGUCGGGUUAUCAGCCAUCAUCAUCUCCCAGUGAAUGCCAACCAAUAUGUAAAUCAGGAUGUCCAAAUGGUAUGUGCGAGGCACCGGGCAAAUGUCAGUGCUAUAAAGGCUAUCGUCAGGCCGCUGCGGAAUUAUGUGAACCCAUCUGUGAUAACAAUUGUCCGCAUGGCAAAUGUGUGGCACCAAAUCUCUGUGAAUGUCAUGAUGGCUAUGAACGAAAAUCUCCCACACAGUGUGAGCCGCGUUGUUCAUGGGGCUGUCCGAAUGCUAGAUGUGUGGCUCCAGAAAAAUGUGAAUGCCUGCAGGGUUAUGAGAUGAUUAACGGCCAGUGUGAACCCCAAUGUAAGGGAGGAUGUGAAAAUGGAAAGUGUGUGUUACCAAAUCAAUGUGAAUGCCUAGAGGGCUACUCAGAGGUGACUGCGAAUAAAUGUCAACCCAUAUGUCCAAGCGGAUGUCCACAUGGUAGCUGUAUUGCUCCUGGGAAAUGUGAGUGCCAUAAUGGCUAUCAUUUAGUAGGCAAUGAAAUGUGUGAACCCACCUGUUCCCAGGGUUGUCCCAAAGGCAAAUGCAUUGCCCCGGAAACGUGUGAGUGCUUGGAAGGCUUUGUCAUGGAGCAGGAAUGUGCCCCAAUUUGUAAUUCCCAAUGCCCGAAUGGAAAAUGUGUGGCCCCAGGAAAAUGUGCGUGCAAUAUGGGAUAUCAAUCCGCAGGUGAUGAACUAUGCCAACCGGUAUGCGAAGGCAAUUGCGAUCAUGGCAAAUGUGUGGCACCAAACCGCUGUGAAUGUAAUCAGGGUUAUCAGUUAUCGAAUAAUAAUGUAACAUGUGAACCAAUUUGCGAACAAGGUUGCUCGCAUGGCACCUGCAUUGCUCCCGGAAAAUGUCAAUGCUUGGAGGGUUAUCAAAUGUCAGAUGAUCAGAAUAUUUGUGAACCAAUUUGCGAACAAGGUUGCUCGCAUGGCACCUGCAUUGCUCCCGGAAAAUGUGAAUGCUUGGAGGGUUAUCAAAUGUCUGCUGAGGAGAAUAUUUGUGAACCUAUCUGCCAAGGAGGUUGUGUCAACGGCUUGUGUCUGGCUCCCAAUGAGUGUCAAUGCCUAGCGGGUUAUUCCAAGUCAGCUGUGAAUGGUUCCUGUGAACCGUUUUGUGAAUCAGGUUGUAUCAAUGCCGCCUGUAUUGCCCCUGAGGUUUGUUCCUGCCACGAGGGCUAUGGCAUGAUAUCGCCGAAUCGCUGCGAACCCGUCUGUCGUGGUGGCUGUCAUAACGGCAAUUGUGUGGCGCCAAAUGUAUGCGAAUGUUUCCCCGGAUAUGCCGCUGAUACACCCAAUGUCUGUCUACCCAUCUGUGAAUCCGGUUGUCCCAAUGGAAGGUGUAUUGCGCCCGAGACCUGUCAGUGUGAUGAGGGUUAUAAAAUGAACGUGGCAAAUUUUUGUGAACCCAUUUGUGCCGAUGGUUGUAAAAAUGGGGAGUGUGUGGCGCCCAAUACCUGUUCAUGUUUAAAAGGUUUCAAAAUCCUCACUCCCAAAGAAUGUGAACCAAUUUGCGAAAUGGAGUGCGGGAAUGGCAAAUGUAUUGCUCCGGGAGUGUGUGAGUGUCUCCAGGGUUAUCAAAUGUCCGAAGAGGGAAAAUGUGAACCCAUUUGCGAUCCUGCAUGUGAAAAUUCAAAAUGUGUGGCGCCCAAUACUUGUGAAUGUUUGGAGGGUUAUGAAAAAUUUUCGGAUACAAUUUGUAAACCAAUUUGCCAACCUCCCUGCGUGAAUGGAGAAUGUCUAGCCCCAGGAAUUUGCAAAUGUCUGCAAGGUUAUCAAAUGUCGGAGCAAGGAAAUGUGAACCAAUGUGACACGGUGUGUGAACCUCCCUGCAAUAAUUCCAAAUGUAUUGCCCCAAAUGCAUGUGCCUGUUUUGAGGGUUAUUCCAAAUCGGCACUAGUUCCGUAUCAUUGUGAUCCUAUCUGUGAAUCGGGUUGUUCAAAUGGCGAUUGUUUGGCCCCGAAUCAGUGUCAAUGUCACACAGGUUAUGAGCUAAGUGAAGGGGGCAUAUGUGAACCCCAGUGUGAAGGAAGUUGUGUGCAUGGAAAAUGUGUGGCCCCCGAAAAAUGCAAAUGUAUGGAGGGCUAUUUCAAUAAAAAUGCAACCCUGUGUGAACCAAUUUGUGAGCCGGCAUGCCAAAAUGGAAGAUGUCUGCAGCCAGGCGAGUGUGAAUGUUUCACGGGUUAUGAAAUGGGUAUUGAAAAUAAAUGCCAACCCAUCUGCCCGGGAGGUUGUGAAAAUGCCAUAUGUUCCCAACCAAAUCUAUGUGAAUGUAAUGAUGGUUAUGGCCAAAUUUCCGCCACGAAAUGUGAACCCAUUUGCCUCUCGGGUUGUCCAAAUGGCAAUUGUGUGGCCCCCGAAAAAUGCGAAUGCCUUGAUGGGUUCCAUAUGAAUUCUAGCGGGAUUUGUGAACCCAUAUGUCAGCCGAAUUGUGGAAAUGGAAUAUGCGUGGCACCUCAACAAUGUUUGUGUGACGAGGGUUAUGCCUUAAAUGCGUCAGGGCAAUGUGAACCCCUUUGUGAGGAUGGUUGUGAACAUGGUUUGUGCGUAGCUCCGCAAAUUUGUGAGUGUCUGGAGGGUUUUGUAAAAUCUGCAGAUAAUACAUGCGUUCCAUCAUGUGAUCCACCUUGUGAGAAUGGUGUUUGCAGGGCACCUGGAAAAUGUGAAUGCCUCGAGGGAUUUUCUUUAAAUGCAACCCAACACUGUGAACCCAUUUGUCCCGAAGGAUGUGAACAUGGCUUGUGCAUAGCCCCCAAUCUUUGUGAAUGCCACGAAGGCUUUGUAAAAUCCUCUGAACAUAAAUGCAUUCCCUCAUGCGAUCCGCCCUGCCUAAAUGGAGAAUGCGUAUCACCAAAUGUUUGUCAAUGCAGUGAGGGUUACUUGAUAAGUCCCUUACAAGCAUGUGAACCCCAAUGCUCGAAUGGCUGCCCUAAUGGAAAAUGUGUGGAACCAGAGUUGCAUCAAUGGUUCAUGUGUGGCGCCCAAUGUAUGUGA